AUGAAAUUCUUCACGGCACUCGCUGCGGUUGGUACCCUCAUGGCCCCGGCUCUCGCUCUCCCAACCCCGGCAUCCGACGCAUCAAACAACCAAACUCUUAGCGUCAGGCUCGUUCCCGCUGGUCACACUAUGGUCAGGGCUGUUGUCACCAACAAUGGGGAGCGUCCUUUGCACCUACUGAGUUUCAACACUAUUAUGGAUGAGAACCCAAUUAGCAAGGUCCAUGUAACCCACGAGAGUGGUGAUGAUGUCGAGUUCACUGGCAUGCUUCCCCGUUACGACUUGAGCGAUCUGACUGAGGAUCUCUUUACUCGUCUGGCCCCCAAAGAUAGUGUGGAACAUCUCUUCGACAUUGCCACAGUCCACAACUUGAAGCGGAGCGGCAAGUACACACUCUCUGCUCGCGGUGCCAUUCCUGUUGCAGAAGAUGGGGAAACAGAUAUCGUCGACCACAUUUACUACGAAUCCAACGCGCUUGAGAUGGAGAUCGACGCCCUCAAGGCUGCCAUGGUCCCCAGAGCGUUCGACGACGACUUUUCCGAGGGCCUCGAAAAGCGGCGACCCUCCUUCGAUAUUUGUAAUCCGAAGAAGGAGAGGGUCCUCAGGGCCGCCCUUCAAGACGCUCAAAGGCUUGCCAGUGAAGCUGCAGCCGCUGCUCAAAACAACACAGAGAAAGUGUUAGAAUAUUUCCGCGCCAAAGAUCCUGGAACCAUGAAGGAGGUUUCCCAGCGCCUUCGUUCGGCGUCCGGCGCAUCCACUAUGGAGAGUCCCUCUGUUAAGUGGCACUGCUCCGAUAUGCAUCACCGAUGUAGGCCCAGAACCAUUGCCUACACUCUUCCAAUUCAGAAUGCGGUCUUCCCCUGCGGCCCCUUUUGGCAACUACCCCACUGGACCAAUAAGUGCCAUGGUCAGGAUCGUGUCACCACUAUAGUCCACGAAGCACUCCAUAAUCCAAAUGUGGCCAAACCGUACUGCAAGGACUUCGGGUACGGUUACAGGCGUGCAACUGGACUCUCUCACAAAAGAGCCAUGGGAAAUGCCGACAACUACGCUCUCUUCGCCAACGCUAUCCACCUCCAUUGUUAA